UAACACUUUGCUAUUCAUCGCAUGUCGUUGUAAAUCUUCCCGACUUUCAUUAGAUCAACUCAAAUCAAACGAAACCCCGCGAAUUGCUGACGAACCCCCCUGGGACAUUUCCUUUCACGAUGGCUUCUGCCCAGGUUAUAUCGAACUCCGGCCACGAUGAUAUGAUUCACGAUGCCGUCCUCGAUUAUUACGGUCGCCGACUCGCGACGUGCUCAAGCGACCGGAGUAUUAAAAUAUUCGAAGUAGAGGGAGAUUCCCAGCGACUCGUCGAGACACUCAGAGGUCACGAUGGUGCCGUUUGGUGCGUUUCGUGGGCGCACCCUAAAUACGGAAAUAUUCUGGCCUCGGCUGGCUACGAUGGCAAGGUCUUUAUCUGGAGGGAGCAGAACAACCAGUGGCAAAAGAUCUUCGACUUCGCCCUUCACAAGGCCUCCGUCAACACAGUUUCGUGGUCACCACAUGAGUCGGGCUGUCUGCUGGCCUGUGCCUCCUCGGACGGCAAUGUCAGCGUUCUUGAGUUUCGCGACAACAGCUUCGACCAUGUCAGCUUCCCAGCGCAUGGCCUGGGCGUCAACUCUGUCUCGUGGGCCCCAGCGACGGCACCCGGAAGCAUCGUCAGCAGCUCUCCUGGGCCUGGUUCGGCAGGUGUGAGACGUUUUGUUACAGGUGGCUGUGACAACCUGCUCAAGAUCUGGGUCUUUGAUUCAGCUUCGCAGUCGUACAAACAGGAACUGGAGCCGCUCGAGGGCCAUACCGAUUGGGUUCGUGACGUUGCGUGGUCACCGACAGUCCUGCAGAAGUCCUACAUUGCCUCAGCGUCCCAGGACAAGACGGUUCGCAUCUGGACCUCGGAUUCAUCGAGCACAGGACAGUGGACCCAUAAAAUUCUCAACUUCGAUGCUGCCGUCUGGAGAGUCAGCUGGUCCCUGAGCGGUAACGUUCUGGCAGUGAGCGGCGGUGAUAACAAGGUAUCACUGUGGAAGGAGAACCUCCGAGGCGAGUGGGAGUGUGUCAAGAGCAUUGAAGAGUGAUCAGAUGUCAACGUGGCAUCACCAGCAAGGCGUUCGUGGCAAAAUAGGGCAUAGUUGGGUCAAAACGCAAUAGACCUCCUGUACUUGACGUCGUUUUAGGGCUGAUAUACCUGUGGUUUUUUAUUU